CCCCGGCGCACUGAGCUGACCUGCUGUGGGUUCGGGCGCCGCGAGCGGCUGGGGAGGGCAGCGUGGGAGAGGACACCGAGACGCAGGGGCCGCGGCACGGGGGUGACAGCUGCGCACCUGGAAAGUUACCCGGCUGACUGGUCCCUGAGCAAAAUGGGAAAUGGUUCAGUGAAACCCAAGCAUUCCAAGCAUCCAGAUGGCCACUCGGGGAACCUCACCACGGAUGCCCUGCGGAACAAGGUGGCAGAGCUGGAGAGGGAGCUGAGGAGGAGGGAUGCUGAGAUCCAGGAGCGGGAGUACCACUUGAAGGAGCUGCGAGAGCAGCUGUCCAAGCAGACUGUGGCCAUCGCCGAGCUCACGGAGGAGCUGCAGAAUAAGUGCAUCCAGCUGAACAAGCUUCAGGACGUGGUGCACGUGCAGGGAGGAAGCCUGCCUCAGGCCUCUCCAGAUAAGGUGCUUCUUGAGGUGCACCGGAAGACCUCGGGGUUGGUCUCCCUGCAUAGCAGGAGGGGAGCAAAGGCUGGAGUGUCUGCCGAGCCAACAACCCGAACCUAUGACCUCAACAAACCCCCCGAGUUUUCCUUUGAGAAAGCAAGAGUCAGAAAGGACUCCAGUGAGAAGAAGCUCAUUACAGAUGCCCUUAAUAAAAACCAGUUUCUGAAGAGACUGGACCCUCAGCAGAUCAAAGACAUGGUGGAAUGCAUGUACGGCAGGAACUACCAGCAAGGGAGUUACAUUAUUAAACAAGGAGAACCAGGGAAUCAUAUCUUUGUGCUAGCAGAGGGUCGACUAGAGGUAUUUCAAGGGGAGAAAUUGCUAUCAUCUAUCCCUAUGUGGACUACAUUUGGGGAACUAGCCAUUUUAUACAACUGUACAAGGACUGCCUCUGUGAAAGCUAUCACCAAUGUGAAAACAUGGGCUCUAGAUCGAGAAGUUUUCCAGAAUAUAAUGAGGAGGACAGCCCAAGCCAGAGACGAGCAGUACAGAAACUUCCUCAGAAGUGUAUCCUUGCUGAAGAACUUACCUGAAGAUAAAUUAACCAAGAUCAUCGACUGCUUGGAAGUGGAAUACUACGACAAAGGAGAUUACAUCAUUAGAGAGGGUGAGGAGGGAAGUACCUUUUUCAUUUUGGCAAAAGGAAAGGUAAAAGUUACACAGAGUACAGAGGGCCAUGAUCAGCCACAGCUGAUUAAAACGCUGCAGAAAGGAGAAUACUUUGGAGAGAAAGCUCUUAUCAGUGAUGAUGUCCGAUCAGCUAACAUUAUUGCUGAAGAAAAUGAUGUCGCCUGUCUGGUUAUUGACCGAGAAACGUUCAAUCAAACUGUUGGCACGUUCGAAGAUCUCCAGAAAUACCUUGAAGGGUAUGUGGCAAACCUGAACCGUGAUGAUGAAAAAAGACAUGCAAAGAGGUCCAUGUCUAGCUGGAAGCUGUCCAAAGCGCUCUCUCUGGAGAUGAUUCAGCUGAAGGAGAAGGUGGCCCGAUUUUCCUCAUCAUCCCCAUUCCAGAACCUUGAGAUUAUCGCAACACUGGGCGUUGGUGGGUUCGGAAGAGUUGAGCUUGUUAAAGUGAAAAAUGAGAAUGUUGCGUUUGCAAUGAAGUGUAUAAGGAAGAAGCACAUAGUGGACACUAAGCAACAGGAGCAUGUCUACUCAGAAAAGAGGAUCUUGGAAGAGUUGUGUUCUCCAUUCAUUGUGAAACUGUAUCGAACUUUCAAGGAUAACAAGUACGUCUACAUGCUUCUGGAGGCAUGCUUAGGUGGCGAGCUGUGGAGCAUAUUAAGGGACAGAGGCAGCUUUGAUGAGCCCACCUCCAAAUUCUGCGUAGCUUGUGUAACAGAAGCAUUUGAUUACCUACAUCGACUUGGUAUUAUCUACAGAGACCUGAAGCCAGAAAACUUAAUUCUAGAUGCUGAUGGUUACCUUAAACUGGUUGACUUUGGAUUUGCUAAAAAAAUUGGAUCUGGACAGAAGACAUGGACGUUCUGUGGGACUCCAGAGUAUGUGGCUCCUGAGGUCAUUCUUAACAAAGGGCAUGACUUCAGUGUGGACUUUUGGUCACUGGGAAUCCUCGUGUAUGAGCUACUAACGGGCAACCCACCCUUUUCUGGGAUUGACCAAAUGAUGACCUAUAACCUGAUUCUCAAAGGAAUUGAAAAAAUGGAUUUUCCUAGAAAGAUAACCAGACGACCUGAGGAUUUGAUCCGGAGGCUUUGCAGGCAAAACCCAACAGAAAGACUGGGAAAUCUGAAGAAUGGAAUCAAUGACAUUAAGAAACACAGGUGGUUAAAUGGCUUUAAUUGGGAGGGAUUGAAAGCGCGGAAUCUUCCAUCACCCUUACGAAGAGAGCUCAGUGGACCUAUCGAUCACAGCUACUUUGACAAGUAUCCCCCUGAAAAGGGAGUGCCUCCAGAUGAACUUUCAGGCUGGGAUAAAGACUUCUGAUGGAAGAAGAGAUGAUUACGGCCUAGACACUACAGAAGAAGACUCGAAAGACCAGUAAUCCAACACUGAUUAUUUUCUCUUCAGAGUAUUUAUAAUAUCUUUUGGAAGACCAUUACAGAAAAGAAAUCCCUGCGCAGGAGAUUGAGAAGAGUGGUAGGGAUGUGGGUCUGUCCUAUCAUGUCUCGUUUAGAUGCUGUGAAUUUUCAUGUAUUUCAUUCUCUGCCUUUUUCCAAAGAUUGAAGGCUAUUCCAUUCACCUUUCCACAGUCAGACCUAUUUUUGCUUAAGUAUAGUCUUCUCUAUAAUCGAUCGCCUCUUCCCAGUCACACUCUUCUUUCUGUCCUGAUUAAGACUUUAAAGUGAUCUUGCCUUUGAACAGCCAAGUCAUGCAAGUAGGAAGAACGCGAGUGCAAUCUGGAAGAUUUCUCUGCUUCAGCACUAUGGCAUCUUGAAAAGGUGGUCUCCAGAAAUCAUGGUUUUCAGCGGAUGUCCUUGACUUCCACCUGCAUUCAACCUAGGAAAAUGUUAAUUCGCUUCUGAUACCAGUCUGAGAAAAGGCAAAUUUGAGUGUUAGUCAGUAGUAUCUCUUCCUAAAUAAAAGAGCCAAUUAAUCCAAUCAUAUAAAUAUAUAUUCAUUUGGGGAAGUUAGAAAAAAUAACCAAAGCAAAAACUCUUUUUCUUUUUCCUGUGAUGAGCUGUGAUAUUUCAGAGGCUUCAAAAAUCUUGUUAAAGGUGGUUGUAAUGUGUGAUUAAAUCUUGAGACUUUGGAAAGGUUUUAUCAAAUAUAUUGAAAUGUUUUCCCAAUCAGAGUGAAAAAUAGCCUGGAAAAAAAUUGUAAAUGGCUACCUUGCCAUUAUAUGUAGGAGAGAAUGAAUUCUAAUAGGUAAAGUUGCUGACUCCUUGAAACUCGGAGAUAUUUUUGCCAGUUCUGUGAUUACUGCUAUUAAUAAACCAAAAGAAGUAUAGAACAACCAUAGUUAAUUUUUAAUGAAAAUCUCCCUGGCAAAUGUUGAUGCACUGUGAUUACAGCCGAGUGAACAGCUCUUUUUAAAGACGUUUGAGUCAUAGAUGUGUUUGUGAGUUUAGACUGUUAAGGCAGGCUAGCCACCGAGACGUGAUGGGAUUUUAGCAUCUGCCCUCCUCCUUGCAAUCUUCAGAUAACCCACAGGAGGGUCUCAGGAGCGCUGGACCCCAGUCCUUGAGAACUUGACUAGGAAAGUGCAGACUAUCUGCUGACUAUGACUGCUCCCUUACCUCCUUUCGCAAAGGGUGGAAGCAGAACUUUCUCGAUCUUUUUAAUUAGCAGAGGGAAAAUAGCAUUUAGGGUCAGGCCUUCCUCACGCUUCUGGCGAUAAUUUCCUCAGAUAAUGGUCUUUGUGCAAAGCAGCCUCUGCUCAGUUCCCACCUAUGAUUGUGUCACGCAGAGAAAGUCAGCUAAAUGUGUCCUGUAAGUGAGAUAAGGGAGGCCCAAACCAAGAAGGUACAUCAUUCACAAGUUGAAUUUUUACAUUUAGAAUCUGUCUGCUGAACCAAAGAGCUUUUGUUUCCUGGUGUAGUAUUUUUAAAGAUUAAGUAUUGUACAUAGAAGAACCAUUUUUAAUAGAAUUAACCUGCUUCAAGAAUUUCUAAGAUUUUUUAAAGAUUUUUAUUUGCAUUUGGUUUGUACUGUAUGUUUUUCCAUGUAUAUAUUUUAAGAUUACCAAAAGGUAGGAAAUAUAUGUAUUGGACGGAUAUUAGAACUGUACAGUUAUAAUAGCAAUGAUAUUCUCAAAGGAGAUCAGUAGUCACAAUUUAAAAAAAGCCCUUCCUAUACAGAAAUAAAAACCAAUUUAGGAUACUACAGGUUUAUUCUACCUAUGAUUGGCCAUAUCAACAUGAGAUCCUCACACAGGAUUUUUUUGUGUGUGUGCUUCCUUUUGAGUAUUUUAUAAAGAUACGUAAAUGAGAGAUUAAAGCAUCAUAAAAUCCUAACUCCACUAUUUCCUAGCUGGGUGACCUUGGGAAAUGUCCUGUCCUUUUUUGAGUGCCAGCUUUCUUACUUGUAGAAGAAUACAUAACAAAGUAAUAUCUAUUUUAGAGACUUGUAUUGAGGAUUAUAUUUGCCUGGUAUCUGCAAAAUAAUUAAUGCUGCACAGAUGAGAGCUACAGUUACUGUAUUCAUUAAAAUUAAAGGGGCCUUAAUAAGCAUUCAGUUCUUAAAACUUUAUGUAAUACUGUUAUCUGUAUGCAGAAUUGUACCAAUUAAAUCCAGUGUUUGUCAUUCUUUUUUCUUUUACAUAAGUAAAAAGUGUUGAUCAAACUUCAGUGUAUAAGAUGAAGGGUUCAUUCUCACCAAAAUGAAGUGCUUCAUUAGACUAACUUAAAUUUUAAUUAUUAUGAAUUAAGAAGAUACACACACACACUAGAAAACAUAGAAUUUAUCCCUAUAUGUACAACUCUAUCGUAUUCCUAAUCAUUAAAUCAUUCUUAAUCUCUCUUUUCUGGGGAAUAUAGCUAAUUUUUCAUUCUUGAGCUUUUUUCUUUAUUGUCUUUCUUGAUUGUCAUUUCUUAAUCAUCUCCAAAUAUUAGAAGGAGUGGAAUGUGGUAGUAAAAGAGAAGAGAUGUAGCAUCAAGUAAGAUCUGAGUUUGAAUUCCAGCUCUGCCUAGAUUCCCUUGACCUUGAACAGUAAAUCACUUCUUUACUCAUCUGUAACUUAAAGACUUGAAGCUUUGGGCUAAAAUAUUAUUACUAGUAGGUUAUUGAUAAUAAUUUGGAAAUAAAUAUCUACAUCUAUUUCACUGGACAUAAUGGUAAAUCCUUGUUCUUUGUUUUCAAACAUUAUACUAGAAGUAUUUAUGUGCAUGAUCUCAUUCAUACAAUAUUCAAAAAUAAUUAUAAACAUGUUGUCUAUUGACUGCACUAAAAGUGAAGUAUUGGCAUCAAGUAUAUAUUUCAUUCACAAUUUGGCUGGGAUUGUGUUACAUGACCUUGAAACAAUUUACUUCAGAGCUUAGUCACUGAAAAUAACCAUUUUGUUAUUUUCAUAGACUCUGUGGUCAAAGAAUUUUGAAAACACAUAGCAAGGAGCUACAGCAUCAGGUGGGAAAACUUACAGACUGAGAAAUGGUUCAAUGGCUGUUGGCUGGAAUUAUUUGCCAUCUUAUUCACUGACAUAUCUCAUACCUGGGCUAGAUCUACUCAGAGACCAGGUGGAACUGAACCUGGAUCCCUACGCAUGUCUUCUCCAUGACUUGCAUUCCCCAUCUCAUGACAUCCUUAAAUUAGACUCAUUUUAUGUCAGUACAGCGCUUCAAAAACCCAUUAUUCUGUCCAACAAAGCAGAAGCUGCACUAUCCUUUAUGGAUUAGCUUUAGAAGUCACAUAACAUCACUUCUGCCAUACCCAACUGGUAGAAACACAGACCUAUCCAGAUUUGAGAGAAGGGAACAUAAACUUUAUUUAUUACUGAAGGCAGUUUCAAAGAAUUUGAAAACACGUUUUAAAAUUGCCACAGUCUACUACCUGGCCACAUCUUACUUACACCACUCCCAUAUGCAAAACAAAUUGAUUCCCUCCCAUUAGCCUCCCUAUGGAUAUCAUCAGGUCUGAGCUUAAGCUCCAGGACCUUGUCAUCUAAAUCCAAUUCAGCUGUGGUUGACACCCCUCACCCAUAAUUGUUGCAUGUCAUUUUUUGAGAUCUGAAAUGAGUAAAAAAAGUUGCUGUUUUCCUCAACACUCAAAAUUGGAUGGAGACCUGAGCAGGGAAUAAGCACAUAACAUAAACAGAGAGAGAAAAUGGGAGGCACAAAGCAAUCCCUAGUCUAUGCUAAUUUUGAAAUCUAGCCUGACACAUGUUGCCAUUUCUUUGCACAGGGCUCAAUUUUAUAUCCUGUUAAUUUCUUUUUAUAGGUCUUGUCUGUGCCAUCUUAAUUCUUGGUUCUGCCUUCUGAACCAUUCUUCCUUUUCCAUGAAGUAUAGCCAGGAUUUGAAACUGGAUAGACUUCUUAACCAGUUUCCUGCCUGUAAAAGUAUGAUGCUAGAAGUGCCUUAAAAAUUUAUUUCUAUCUCUUUGUUCCAAACGGACACAUUUUCUUUAAAACCUUUGUCAAUUUCCCAUGGAUGAAUUAAUAAUUCACUCCAUUAGACAUCAACCAUGGUCACAAAUCUUGUUUGUAAAGAUGCUUUGAGAGAGUUUCCUAAGAUUCUUAGAAAUUGUUUUUUUAAGAGCACAUGUACAGCACAUGCUUAAGAUGGUUGCUAUUUCAGUUUGAAAUGGUGCCAUGGGUAACUUCAAAGAUGGCUUCCAGUGAUUCCUGUUUAUCAUCUUCAUGCAUUUUUAUACCAUCCCCCCCUUGAAUGUUGGUCGAACCCAUAGACUGCCUUUUAAUAAAUAGAACAAAAGUGAUGAGAUCAGAUUACAACAAAGUCACUUUGCUUCUGUCCUAUUCACCUUCUCUUGCUCACCCACCUACCAGCUCUGAUGGAAACUGGCUCCCACAAAGUGAGCUUCUUUAUAGAUAGGUCCAUGUGGCAUGAGUCCCUGGCCAACAGCUGGUGGGGAAAUGAGACCUUCAGCCCAACUACUUUGGAUAAACCAAAUCAUGCCAACCACCACAUGAGUGAUCUUGGAAGCAGAUCCUUCCACCUGCAGAGCCUUCUGAUCAAACUGCAGCCCCAGCCAACACUUUGAUGGCAGCCUAGUGAGAAUCCAUGAGCCAGAGAACCCAGAUAAAUACUCCCAAGUUCCUGACCCACAGUAUCUGUGAGAUAAGUGUUGUUUUAAAACUUCAGGUUGGGAAGGACAGAGGGAAAUAAUGUGUAUCAAGCAAGAACAAAAUGGACGCAACAGAAAAGGAUAAAUUUGAGUCCUGAGGGAAAUCUAGAAUUUGUGCUGACAAAACAGUACCCAUGAGAACACACUAGAACCUGCAUCUGUAUUCCAUGGUUGCCAGCUUUGGGGACAUUGGUGACCUGCACCUUUCACAUAUUUCUGACUGAAGUUGAAGAUGUUCAAGGAGCCAUCUGAUUGGAGCUGGAGGAGCCACAGGCCUGGCUACGGCUUUAAACCAACAAGAUCUGCAAAUACCUCCUGCAGAAAAGCCUAACUCGAGAGUGAUACCAAGAAGGAAAUUCUGAGAAAAAUACAUGGGAUCCUCAAAAAAAUAUGGAAAAUGCAUAUUUUGAAAAAACUGUGGAUGGAUUUCAAACAUUUUUGCACCAAGAAAAACUUAUCUUUUAAUUACAUGUUUGACGUAUCCUUUUAUCUCAAACUGGCACAAGGCAUCCAGUUUGGAAACUAGUGAAAUAUAUAGUGCAUAAAUAUUCUUGUGUAAUUUAGUUUGAAUUUUUAAAGUAAGAAAAUUUGUGUUCUCUUUUUCCACCUGAUAUUUAUCAAAGGGUACAGGCCACAUGACUCCAUUGAAAGUAACAACAAUUUGUCUCAGGUGAUUUAUAGGCAAGUUAUAAACUGAAUUAGAGCUGGAACAUUUUCACUUGGAAGAAUAAAACCAGGACAUGAGUGUUUUUGUUUAUUUAAUUGUGGGUUGCUAAAUUAAAAAUUGAAUGAUGAAAAGUAACAUCAAAUUUGUUCUGAUAAGUAUAAACUUCUUCAGAGUGGAAAAAACACCAAAUGGACAUGCAUUGAGCGAAAAAGCAGAAGAAAAUGUGGUAAGAUAAAGGCAAAACACCAACAGUUGACCAGUCCUGGAUGCAGAGAGCAAAUGAGGCUUUCUCUCUAGGCAGAUGGGGGAAAUCUGGGUGUCUCAGUGGAACACAGGCUUACUAUGAGUGAACUACCAAAUCCUGCUGUUGAAAAUUUAGAAAGAUUCUUAGAUUGCUAAACAGAAAAAUGUUGGCUCUAGACUCUUCUCCUCUUUCACACUCAGCUUGAUCAGCCCAAUUUAAUGCUCUGUGUUCAAUUUGGAGUUGAAGAAGGAUGGUCAAAAUAUUAAAAGUAUAUGUAUUAAUAACUAAACAUUAGAUCUGUGAGUCAAAGCUAAGGUAAAAUUGAGGGUCUAUAAAGAUUGAAGUAAGAGGAAGCUCUUGUUGAAGUGGGUAACAAAUGAGAAGAAACAUGGAAUGCAUGACUUAAUUCACUCAACACUUAUUGAUUGAACACUUACGUUCCAGUUACUGUUCUAAGUGCUGAGGAUACAGCAGAGAGAAAAAUCUCAGUUACACAUAUACCCACAUUGUUAGACAAUGCUUCUAACAGUGAUUAUCUCCAGUGAUGUGAUCAGAAAUCUCCUGCCUCGAUUUUCACAUAUAACAUAUAUUUGUGAAAUUCAAAACAGAGAAUAACAAAUGCUGACAAGGAUGUGGACAAAGGGGAACACUUAUGCACUGUUGGUGGGAAUGUAAAUUAGUGCAGCCUUUGUGGCAAACAGUGUGGAAAUUUCUUUAAAAACUAGAAAUAGACUUGCCAUAUGAGCCUGCAAUCGCACUACAGGGUUUAUACCCAAAAGACUUCAACACAGUGUAUCAAAGAAAUACCUGAACCAUCCUGUUUAUAGCAGCACUGUUCACAAUAGCCAAAAUUUGGAACCAACCAUGGUGUCCAUCAACAGAUGGAUGGAUGAAGAAAAUGUGGUAUAUGUACAUGAUGGAAUAUUAUUCAGCUAUAAAAAAAGAAUGAAAUGCUACCAUUUGUAGCAAAAUGGACUUAACUGGAAGACAUUAUGUUGAGUGAAAUAAGCCAGACCCAGAAAGAUGCCACAUGUUCUCCUUUAUAUGUGGGAGCUAAAAUUUAAAAAAUAAGAAAAAAAAUAAAGAAAUGUCUAUGUAUCAGUGUUGCUGCAAAUAUGGUUUUAUGCCUUUGUCAAACCAAUGGUUAAGAAUGUUAUACUACUGUAGUUUUAAUGAUUUGUGAUUACUUUAAAAUUUACUGCAUAUGGUUGAAAUGGUCAUUUUUCCAUUCAAGUAUUGUUUAUAGCUUUUUAGCUAUUAUCUGUAUUCCCAAUCAUCUAGAGUCUUUUGGUUUUACUUGUUACUUUUUGUUUUUACUUGUUAAACUUACUAUUUGGUGAAGUAUUAAGCCAUUUUACCAUAAUGUAAUUUUAAAAGAUGUUAUCUCAAAAGCUAAAAAAUAUGACAAAGGGAAAAAGAAAGAAGGGGGGAGGAAGAGAAGGGAGGAAGGGAGGAAAUAUCAUUAUGUUCUUAGAAUUGUCUCUACAAAUCACAUUGAGUCUGUUAAAAGCUAAUUAAAAAUUAGAAUAAAAAAUACACUAGAAAAGAAAAAAUAAAUUUGAAUUGUGGAGGUAGGAUGGAUGUCAGAAUGACCAUUGGAAACAUAAAGGCCCGAGGGACAUGUGACCACAUCAAGUCAGUUUACAGAUAGGAGAGUACCGUAGCCUUCCUCAGGUGGCUCUACAUGCAUAACCCAUGAAUUUCCAAGUUUUCAAUUCUUUGGCUAUCUCAAUGGUAAUACGUGUUUCAAAGUUACCAUAAGUAAGUAGUGUAUAUUAAUGAAUUAAUGAAUUAAUUAAUAGAUUGGCUGUCUCUCAAGCAAUAGUGGGUGUCUUCAAUAAUUUGUGGAGGGACAGGCAUUUUGAGCACAGAAGUCAAUUUGUGUCUUGGAAUGCCCACAUGCCGUAUUGCAUGGUCUUUCAAAUCCCAGCUACUCGGUUUCUGAUCCAGCUCUGCUAAUGCUCACUCUGAGAGGCAGCGGCUAAUGACUCAGGUACUUGGGUCUCUCACAUGUGGGAGACCCAGAUUGAGUAAUGGGCACCUGGCUUGGUCCAGGCCCAGCUGUUUCAGGCAUUUGUGGAGUAGAGCAAUAGAUAGAUCUCUCUAUCUCUGCCUUUCAAAUGAAAUGAAAAUAAACUAAAAAAAUUAAAGUCUAUGGAAAAAUUCACAUUAUCUUUUUAUUCUAUUUUUCCAUAAAAAAUUUUUGAAGCUCUUGAUAUUUCUGACUAUUAUGCCAGGCACAAUUCUAUGUCUGGUGUUCAGCCGUAACAGUAAACAUGAAAGUAAUCACUUUCAUCAAGAAUAUAUUCUAAUUGUAAGGAGAUGGUUGUAAAUAGUUAAAUUAAAGGUAUUGCAAAAUUAGCUCAACAUAAAAUGUGUGGAUAGAAAUUUAAUUUAGAGCUAGUAUGUGGGAGGAGCCGAGGUGGGGCGGGGUGAUUGGAUGAGAAGUGUCAGCCGUCUUGGAAAGGAUCCCAUAAAAUACCUUCAAGAGUUCCUCUAGGAAAGUGGUUCUCAAAUGAGAAUGGGUGUUAUAUUUUUGUAGAGAACUUCAUAAACAUAUCAAGACCCAGGCCUCAUCCCUCUUCAAGGAGCCUUGGCCUCUCUGGAAUUUAUUAACUCAGCUCUGGUAAGCCAGAAGUUGCGAGAAGCAUUGUUCUAUCAAGUUCUCAGUUGCUCAGAUUCUCAUUCAGCAUCUCUUCUUAGUAUAUUUCUCACCAAAAUGGAGGAAUUAUCAACACUCAAAGGCAAGUUGUCUACCUGACUGUUGGGCAGUUCAUAGCUGAGGUCUCUUUGUCACCUCUGGCCUGGCACAGGGCCCAGGGUCUCCCUGAGGGCUCAUUGUCCUUGGUUACUUCCCACACUAGGGAACUUUAGGUUUUGACCACAGUAGCCUCCAGUCCUGCCUAGAUCUUCUUUGCUGCGCUUAAUGCAAAGCCACCUGCUCAGUGCCAAGGUCAUCUCCCGCAACCACCUCCUUUGACAACUCUGAGAGUUAAACUCUGUUCUCACAACCGAGAAGCCAAGGGGAAUCUGCUAACUGUGUAGCUCAGGGUCUCCCCUUGCCCAGCUAAGCUGCGGCCCCAAGGUUAUUGUGUGGCGAUUUUCUCCUAGGAAGACCCAAACACAUGGGCUUCUUCUCCCUCUUUCUUUCUACAGCUCCCCAAGGGUUUCUAGGAAGUGCAGGCUUUCUCCACUUUCCAUUCUGUCUGGACUUUCCUCACAUAUAUAAAACUCUUUGGGCUCCUCCACAAAGCCCGUUCCUUUAGAAGCUAGAGGAAGGGUACAGGAAUAAACAGAAUCCUUUCUUAGGACCAAAGCUUGGCCUUUGCAUUUCCAAAGCCUAACAGCCUAAGACUUUCUCAGUGAAACCAAAUAGGAACUAAUCCUUAUGGGCCAGUGGAUGAUUCUAGAAAAGAAGCAAGAUUUAUUUUCGGAGAGCAAAACAAGAUCAUAUUAAUAAUUUAUAAAGAAUUAUUUCCCCUUUACAAAAAUAAACCAGAAACUUUCACCCAAGUGAUCAAUGCUCUGGUACAAUUAAAUAGGGCCUUGAGGUAGAAUGCAGCUGAACAGAGGUGAGAAUGGCGUUGAAUAAAUGGUAAGGAAAUGCCUUUCUGAGUAGGUGACAUCUGAGCUGAGGACUGUAUGGUGAAAAGGAAGCAGGCUUGAGACAGUCUAGGAAAGCGUGUUCCAGCCAGAGAAAUCCAAUGCAAAGGCUAUGGGGUAUUAAUGGAUUUGGAAUGUUUCAGAAACAUAAAGAAGUCUGUAAGUUUCCAGAAUAGUGACAGUUCAGAGGGCCUGAGUAUGAGAAUCUCAGAGGCCACAGUGAAGAGUUUGGUUUUUAUUCCAAAUGAAACAUGAAGCUGUUUUAUCUUUUUUUCCCCCUUUCAAAGCAGAGGAGGGACUUGAUGUGAUUUAUGUUUUUGAACUCUGGUGGCUGUGCUAUGAUAGAGCAUAGAUCUUGAAAAAAAGAAGCAGGCAGACCGGUGAGCAGGUAGUUGAUUCCCUUAAUUCGCUGGGGGUCUGAACGGGGGCAGGCUCAGACUGGAGUGUCGAGUGGGUGAGGGCCAAGGAGUAAAGUUGAUGGAUGGGAGAGGCGACCGGGUUGGAUGGGAAACUGACAGAGGAGAAAGAGCGAGGGUGACUCUUAGCAUUUUCAAAGUUCUAAAUGAGUAAUAUGCAUACAAAUGUGUUUGUGUUUGUGUGCACACAAAUGCCCGUGUCAAAUACCUUUUCCUCUUCUAAUAACGAUCUGGACACCACGCUCCCAGCCAUUUUCCCAGAACGGUUGACUGAUGUUGGUGAUUACAGCUGUGCCAUACGGAAAGGAAAAGGAUUCACAAUUCAUUACUUACAUGAAUGACAAUGUGUUAAAUAUUUUUUGUGUGUUACCUCAUUUAAAAUUUUUGCUUCAGUUAUGAAUUUAUUCUACCAUUAUAAAUCAGGAAAUUUAACCUUAAAGGGAAAAGAAACUUACAAAUAAUUUUUUAAUAACAUUUUGAAAAGACCUACUGUUGUGUGUCAUAAACGUUAUUGCUCAGAAUGGGUAAGAUCAUUACCAUUACCAUGACCAUUUAUGGAAAAUAAAAAGAUUUUAAAUCCUC